GGAAAAAUGGCGCGGUUGUGUUUUUCUGUGACAAUGUAUUAGGCCUUGUAAUAAGUAGAUUUUCGUGGAGGCAGAACAAUUUUGAAUUUAUCUUGGUGGUCACUAUCUUCUGUUUGAAUUUUGGGAAGAUUUAGAUGCGUUUCAAAGUAUGACAGACGAUCUUGGUCAUCUUGAUGGAACUUGAGGUGCCUUCAGCUGCUGUUCAUGCAGAAAGUGACGCGAGUCUUAGCAGGACCGACACACCAAGUGAUAGCGAAGAGCUCGAUCUUUCAGGACGGCAGAAAAAUGUCAUUCCAGGGGUUAUCCAUAUUCCAUCUGCAUCAGGCAGCAGACCCAAACAAAUGGGAAUUUCAGUGAAAAGAUAUUCUUCUUCAGAUGAUUCUGAUCAUGGAGAACAUGAAAAUGCCAACAUGUCUGCAGAUUAUAUUCAAGGUUUAGCUCCACCUGAGGUAUUGUUAAAAAACUACAGGAGACAAGCAAAGCAAUUUGCCACAAUGGGAGACGAGAGAGCUGUGUAUGAUCGUGUUCGUUGUGUAGCUUUGACUAGAAUUGUGUACGGAGAUAAUCACUGGAAGUUGGCAAAAGCUUACUCCAAGCUGUCCCAAGCAUAUCUUGAACAAAGAGGUUUGGCUCAACAAGCCCUACUUCAUGCUGGGAAUGCCCGUGAUGUAUUGCUUGCAGCAGAUGCUGCCAAACAACAAGGGAGACAGGUUUAUGAUAAAUCUGAUGUGUUACCUGUCAUGGAGUUAAUUUAUCUCAUUAUGGGACAGGCGCAUGUUGCCAUGAAGAACACCCAGAAAGCAGAGCACAGUUUAAAGAAAGCAGAACUAGUAUCAAGAGAAAGAGAGGAACUGGGGUUUAAGUAUCAAGACCCAGACAGAAGGCUUCAAAUAUUGAUGUCUCUUGGUCGUGUCAGCCUUAAGGCACAUAAACCAGGGUAUGCUCUGGAGACUUUUGAAAAGGCACUGGAAGUUGCUCAGAAACAUUAUGGAGAAGACAGCAAAGAACUGAUUCCUAUUUAUCAAUGUCUUGCACGAGCAGAAAGCAGUCAAGGUGAUGCAUCCAGUCAUGAAAGGGCAACAAAACUUUUUUUGCAGGCUCAUGACAUCAGUAAAUUAAGAUUUGGAGAAGAUUCAGUGGAAGUUGCUGACUCUUCAUUUGUUGUGGCCUCUGGUUACAUCACUGACAAUGACAAUGGUCACAAAGCAAAGAAAUACCUUGAAGAUGCCAUUACUUUAUACAUGAAACACAAAGGACCUUACCACAACUCAACUAUCAAGGCUCAGGAUGAAUUGAGCCGUCUGUUAGUCCGUGAUGGUGGUCUUGAAGACGCUGUGUCCCUUCAGAGAUCAGUGGCAGAAGCUAAAGUAGUGUUGUAUGGUGACCCAAGUGAGCCGGCGGCUGCUUCAUAUCAGAUGCUGGGAAGCAUUAGACUUAAACAAGGACGUACACAACAAGCUUUGAAAUGGCUGACCAAGGGCUAUAACAUGUUGAGUUCCACACUAGGAAAUAAUCAUAAGAGGACUAAAGAAAUGGCAGAUGCCAUCAGCCGUGUGAAGAUGUCGCCCGAUGCUCAAAAAUACCUAAGCUCAGAAGAGAAAUUGAAGAAGAGACCAAGAUUUACCCAGGUGGUUGGGAGAUCUAAACCCCUGGGGUGUUCUACAACAUCCGUCGGGGAUUGACUUAAUUUGUAAAGCGCUGAACGCUAUUUAUAAGGAAAUUCUGGCAUCGAGACAAUUAAGUCUGACUAAUUACUAAUUUACAAAUAAAAUUGGCAUGGUUCCCAUUCACAUUUAAAAGUCUCUUCGUAGCAGAGAGGUGUAAAUAAAUAAGAUUCAUAAACUAAGUAAAAUUACUCAAUGUCAUUAUGGUUUGCUGUAAAUGUAAUAAAAGUAUUAAUAUUUCGUAUUUUAAUGCUACAAUUAUAAACGGUAUCCUGUUAGCAGCACAAGUUAUGUUUGCAUCACGGUACUGAAAAUAAACAACAACAACAACAUA